GCUCUAAAACAAUGGAGGAGUUGUAUGAACAAACGGGCAGGAUGCCACUACAGAUCGUCAGAUUUGAGGAUAAUAAGGAUGAGGGCCAAGAUAGUUCAAACAAAAAAUCUAAGUCUAAUAAGAGCAAGAGCAGAUCCCGCUCAAAGUCCAGAAGUUAUAAAAGAAGUAUUUUUGAUAAUGCAACUAUUAUGGAAGACAUUCGGUCAAUAAGACAAUCACUCUUUGAGGAUAGUGAAGAAGGAAUCAAAUCACCAAGUGUAAAGAUGAGAGAAGAAGCCCUAAAAAAGAUGCAGGCUACAACCUUUGAUUUCAAGGACUCACAAUUCUAUAAAAAGAAACUUAACCAAGAUCUAUUGUACAGAUAUUUGAAAUCAAAAGAAACUAGUGUGAAGAAAUUUCAGUUCCAGAAGUUGUUCCAAAGACGUAUGAUGUUAGAGCAGAAAUAUAACUCAUUAGACAGACUCCAGAGGAAAGAUUCAAAAGCUGAUGAAGCCAUGCUGCUGACUCUAUCUAAUACGAAUAAAAGCAAGAGUACACUCAAGACAACUGCUUGAACAGUUCAAGACAAGAUUGCUUUCAACAGAGAGAAAGUUAUGAAAGUUGUGGAUAAUCCUUAUGUCACCAAAAAGACUAAUAUCUUAUCCUCAAAAUCGAGAUUUUCUCAAGUGAGCAGAAUAGAAACAGAUCCCAAGAAGAGCAAAUAUUUGUUUUCAGUAUCAAGUUGUUCGUUAAAUCGCACUCAAGAUGGCAGCUUUCGCGGGUUUGGCCAAUCAAGGUCCGGAACUCCAAUGUUAAGACUUGGUAAAAAGAGGUCUUUAUCAAGAAAAAGAGUGUUAUCAGAUGCUAUUCAAAAGAACAUUAAAAGAAGGGAUAUCGGGACAAUCUCCAAGCGAAGAAGGAGCGUCCACACGAAGAUGGGGAAAAAAUCCUUCUGUAAAGCCUCCACUAUCACCUUGACCAAGGAUAAAUAAAUUGGAGC